CCGAGCGGCGGGCAAGAGCGGGCCUCGGGGCGGCGGCGGCGGCGGACGCGGCCUGAGGGAGCGGCCGGCUGCCGCCUCGCCCGCCGCGGGGUCCAUGGCCUGAGCGGCCAUGUCCGGCGUGGUGCGGACCCUCAGCCGCUGCCUGCUGCCGGCCGAGGCCGGCGGGGCCCGCGAGCGCAGGGCGGGCGGCGGCGGGGCCCGCGACGCGGAGCGCGAGGCGCGGCGGCGCAGCCGGGACAUCGACGCGGGGCUGGCCCGCGAGCGGCGCGCCGUGCGGCGCCUCGUCAAGAUCCUGCUGCUGGGCGCGGGCGAGAGCGGCAAGUCCACCUUCCUCAAGCAGAUGCGCAUCAUCCACGGCCGCGAGUUCGACCAGAAGGCGCUGCUCGAGUUCCGCGACACCAUCUUCGACAACAUCCUUAAGGGCUCAAGGGUUCUGGUUGAUGCACGAGACAAGCUUGGUAUUCCUUGGCAGUAUUCUGAAAAUGAGAAGCACGGGAUGUUCCUCAUGGCCUUUGAGAACAAAGCAGGGCUGCCCGUGGAGCCUGCCACCUUUCAGCUGUACGUACCUGCUCUGAGCGCGCUCUGGAGGGAUUCCGGCAUCAGGGAAGCUUUCAGCCGGAGGAGCGAGUUUCAGCUGGGUGAAUCAGUGAAGUACUUCCUGGAUAACUUGGACCGGAUUGGCCAGCUGAAUUACUUCCCUAGCAAGCAGGACAUCCUGCUGGCGAGGAAGGCCACCAAGGGCAUCGUGGAGCAUGACUUUGUCAUCAAAAAAAUCCCUUUCAAGAUGGUGGAUGUGGGCGGCCAGCGGUCUCAGCGCCAGAAGUGGUUCCAGUGCUUCGACGGGAUCACGUCGAUCCUGUUCAUGGUCUCGUCCAGUGAGUACGACCAGGUCCUCAUGGAGGACAGGCGCACCAACCGCCUGGUGGAAUCCAUGAACAUCUUUGAGACCAUCGUUAACAACAAGCUCUUCUUCAACGUCUCCAUCAUCCUGUUCCUCAACAAGAUGGACCUCCUGGUGGAGAAAGUAAAGACUGUCAGCAUCAAGAAGCACUUCCCAGACUUCAAGGGCGACCCCCACAGGCUGGAGGACGUCCAGCGCUACCUGGUCCAGUGUUUCGACCGGAAGAGGCGGAAUCGCAGUAAGCCACUCUUCCACCACUUCACCACCGCCAUAGACACCGAGAACAUCCGCUUCGUGUUUCACGCUGUGAAGGACACCAUCCUGCAAGAGAACCUGAAAGAUAUUAUGUUGCAGUGAAAGAGGACACCCUUCACUCUUGUGGUCCUUCAGCAGCCUCGCCGGCCACAGGCCAGAUCUCCCCGGUGUCCCGGAGCGGGUUUCCUGAAUCCGUGCCCUCAACACCUGGCUCAGGGAUGCUGUGAGGCCCGCCACGCUCUAGGCCAAAGGACGUGACACUUUGAUGUUAGCUACUGAAUCCUGGGGACUAGUGAAACUACUGAAAAUCCAAGCGAUCACUUUGGUAUUAAUGUCUAAUGCCUAAUAACACAGCUUUCUUUCUUUUUACAGAAACUAUUCCUUCUCUGACACAAUGUAAUCGAGGACUGCGUGUGUGUGCGCGCAUGCUCUGUCUUUAAUGACAGAAACACGAAAACCGACAUCUUUGCAGAUGGCUUUUCUCUCUAACUCGAGAGUGCUUGGUGAGGAGUAUUGCCGGGGAGGGGGGUGGUUUGUAGGAGGUGAAGCGCGGGCUGUCGCCACCACCUCCCCAAGGGAGCGCGUUGCCUUUUAAGUCUCUUGUGCCGAUGUCCCGAGAGGCCCUGGCCCGGCCGUCAGAUGAGAGGGUGGCAGUGAGAGCUGGCGGUGUGGACUUAAGGCCCCACCGCCUGCACUUUCUUCCCGCCCUGUCCGAUCAGCCCGUAGCGCGACGGGACACGGGGCGGAAGGUGUGCGCACGGGCGCUGCCGUGAACGGCCCCCUCCCCUCUGCACAGGGCAGUGCCCGCUGCCUCUGUGCCCACCCUCCCCGCCCCUCGCCCGCCCCUCGGCAAAGACUUCAACCAGCUGGCCUUGCAGACGACUCUUCUGUCUUCUGAGUCGUCUCCGACGCUGCAGUCGGCUGCAGGGAGCCUUUCCUUCUUUGGAGGAAGUGGAGAGCUCCUUUCCUCUCAGGGGCUUCCGAGAGCUGGCGGCAUUGCCAGCGGAGCCUUCGUUAACGCCCCCGGGCUCCGCGCUGCCUUCUGGUGGCCGAGAAUCGAGGUUCUCAUCACGGUCUCUCGCUUCUACUAACGUACACACGUAGCAGGAAAACUGUCGGUCGUGGUCUCCUCUGAGUGAAACUGCAGAGGCUGUGAAUGUCGAGGCGAGCUGGUCAGUCUUACACUCAGUUAACUUGUCCGGUUACUCUGUCCAGGUGUCUUUCACUGUGUUUUAAAAUACAUUGCAUUCCAAACUGGUCCCCGCUGUGUAUUACUCUACUCAAAAGUGUCUGGUGUGUUGAGGACUCUGCCUAGCAUUUAAAAGAGAAAAAAGCUUCCUCUGUCAGUGGCACCAGAAUGUUCCUGUGGUUGAGUAACUGUCCCCGGGCCCCAUCCCCAGGCCACACUGUUCCCGGUCCUGCAUCCCUGGUGAGUGGCUUGCUUGCCUUCACCCAGCAGAUGAACAGGGAUCUUGUGGCAGAUGCUGACCCAGGAGGAAAGGGAGGAAAGAAACUGCUUCUGAGUCAGCCUUGUUAUCACAGGGUUUUAAUGAGGAGACGACAUGAAAUCCUGUCUCUCCGGGCGCUCAAGCCUUCCUGUCGAUGUUUGCUGGGGUUUCGGCUCUUUUUUUUGGCUGGAGAAAAGUUGCUGUUUUUGUACUGCUUCCUGUGGCUCUUCAUAAACUGAGAGGACGUGCCCCGGGAUCGGGGCCGAUGACCGAGGCUGAAAGGAAACAGAACAUUCUCAACGGGCUGCGUCAGGGCGGCCCAAGACCCCGCUGUCGCUGCUCAGAGGACCCUGUCCUGGGGCACGAGCGCUCCUCGCCUGCCGGGUUCCAGGUCUCACACGUGUGUCGGGACCCACGCGCUUCCUCACCAGCCUGGAAACGCUCCCUGCGGUCUAGCGGAGGGGGCGGCCGGCGUAGCCGGUGCAGGUGCCCAUCCGAACGGCUUGCUGGCGAGUGAGGUCAGCACGGUCGGCAAGUGCCGUUUGUCCUUUAAACCGUCUGACGCGGCUGCUGGUUUGCUUUCGGAGGCGAAAGGGAGUUGGUAUAGACAGGGAAGCUGAGCGGACUGGGAAGCAGGGGGGACGGCCCGAGGGGGGCCCCUGCCCGGCCCAGAACUGACCCGCUCUCCCUGCUGCGGCCGGGCUCCCCUCUUCACGGUAAGCUGAGUGGACGGCUUAGUCCUGCAAGGCGCCCGGCCCUCAAUUCCAUGAUUGGUCGGCAUCCGAGAAGAAGAUCGCUCUUUGCAAGGUCAACUGAAACCAUUUACAGCCUUUCUACACAUAGAUUAUAGUCACUUUUCUCUCCAAAACCUUAGGCUUUUCUAUUUUUUUUUUAUUUUAAUUUCACUGUUACCCUCGAUUAUUGUCUUUUUUUAUUGAGAUAGUUGUGCCUCAUCUGUUAUUGCAAAAAUGUAACAAUAAACUUCCUCAAACUAA